UAGGUAGAUAGGUAUAAUAAACAUAGCUCAUAAUAGGUACAAUGGUAAGUACUCUAUUCACAGAAUCAAGAGAAAACUUCUUGAUCACCUGUAAUGUAUAGGUACCUAAUCAGAUUCCAAUAUACCUUUACCUCUGUCAAAAUAAACAAUUUAUGUCAAAAUAUGGUCAAUAUCGGUCUUAACGGUUUCAAUAGAAUAGGAAGAUUAUUUUUAAGGAUCGCUCUAAAAACCCAGUGCGGCACCGAACAGAAAUCUGUAGGUUCGACACUGCCAAAAGUCGUUAUAGUAAACGACCCCAACAUAUCUCCAGUGACUAUGAGCUACCUAUUGAGGCAUGACACGUUUCAGGAAAAUUUUAAUAGAGAAAUAAUCGAUAUGAACAAUUGUUUGAUCAUUGAUGGACAGCGCAUUGAAGCUGUCCAAGAAAAAGACGUCACCAAAAUACCAUGGCACAAAGCUUGUACCAUUGAGUACGUAGUAGAUACAACCGGAAGAAAUAUUACAUGUAAUUCUGCAUCGCAACAUAUUCAAGAAAAAAUCAAAUGCGUCCUAGUAACAGGCUGCGCAGAUAUUCCAAUAUUCACAAUGGGCGUAAAUCAUACGUGCUACAAACCUCUAAUGAAAACCGCCUCUGUUGGAACUCCCAGCUUGAAUUGCCUCACCGCCAUGUUGAAAGUAUUGCACGAAAAUUUCGGUGUAGAAAGAGCGAUGGCUACAGUCAUCCACCCUCUAUCCAAUGACGACAUGUUACUGGACGACAAUGCGAAAAGUUGCAGGGAAAGUCGGUCGGCUCUUGUUAAUUUUAUGCCGGCAAAGUGCCAAGAGGGCAGAUAUGUAGCGAGGAUUAUGCCGGAUAUGGAAGGGAGAGUUGGAGUUUCUGCGCUGAAAGUACCUGUAGCUUGUGUGGGAGGUUUGGAUUUAACCGUUUGCUUAAGAAAACAAGUCGCCUACGAAAUCCUGACGGGAAAAUUCAAAGAAGCGGCCGAUUGUUACAUGAGAGGCCUCCUAAAGUGCUCCAACGAAGAACUAGUGAGCUCAGAUUUAAUCGGUAACGCGCAUGCGUGCAUUAUCGACGUUAAAGCCGGCUCUGGUUUGUCACCCUGUAUGGUAAAACUGUUCGCAUGGUACGACGCAGAGUACGCAUGCGCGCAACGUCUUUACGACAUGGUAAAGUACAUCGCUUCAAGGGAAGUUUGCCAAUAAAUAAAAAUAAAUACAAUUUAAUUUAAAUUGUAGAAAACUUAACAACUAUAUAGAAAUAUGUAAAAUAAAUAAAUUAAAGAUCCAUUUGGAAUUGGUCGUCAUCGUUGGUUUUAGUGUUGCUGUCUUUUCGGGGUUUGGGUGGCAGUUUGCGUUGUUGGUUGCUGGUUGGAGUGGACUUUUUAGGCGGGCUGCCUUUGACUAGAUUCUCCGGAAUACCGAAUUUGGGCGGGGUUUUUGAGAUCGGCGAGUUGCGUAGCGUCAAUAGGAAGUUGCGUUCGUACACGAGUACCACAGUGCAGUGCUGCUCCGCUGUUUCAAAAACAAGAACUUUGGUAGGGAAUAUUGUAAAAUUUGUUUCACCAGGAUUUGUACUUACGUCAUACAAAAUGACGUUAUAGCCAUUCGUCGAUCGGCCGAUCCGUCAAAUAAAAUGACGUCACCGAUGACGUAAGUAAAAACCUCCGUGAACGAACUAUACACUUGUUAUUGGUUAUCAAUUUGGGAUGGGUUCCGUUUCCAAACCUGGUUGACCGUCGGUUGACAGUGGUUGCUGAAAAUUUCGGUUUUAUACGGAACGCAUUUCCAAUAGAUGAAGAAGUGACACUGAGUGUAGUUGAAUCAAGUAGAAACUAAGAGAUGGAAUGACAGUUAACGAAAAACCGAUCAACGUUUUUUUCAGGAACAGCGUUUUCAUAGACUGGUUUUUCAGGCACCAAACAUUAUGGAACGUGUAAC